AUGGGCUCAAGGCAGGGGUACCCAGAGCCUCUCUUAAGUACACACCUGUGGGGACAUCUUGCCCUCAGUCCUCCGAGGCCCAGGUCCGCAAGGGCCACCUGACGGGGCUGAAGCCCGUGGUGCUGGUGACCUUCCAGUCCCCAGUCAACUUCCGUCAGUGGAAGAUAGAGCAGCUGCAGAUCCAGAUGGAGGCAGCCCCCUUCCGCAGCAAAGAGCAGUGCACCGCAGAGGAGGUGUGUGUCAUGAGCUGGUACACACCCAUGCCCAUCAAGAACGGCAGCGUGGUCAUGCGUGUGGAUGUCAGCAGCAAUGGCCUGGGGCCCUUCAUUCCCAAUAAAAGAUUUCAGGUGAACAUCAAUGGCUUCUUGCAGAGACAGCAAGACAACACACUCCAUUUCACUGUGGGGAAUGAGAUCUUCAAUCUGAUACCCCGGUACUUCAUGAAUGUCCCAUCGAGGGCCCUGUGGCACACUGUGGACCAGGCACCUGUGCUCAUCUUGGGUGGCAUUCCUGAUGAGAAGUCCGUCCUGCUGACAGACACCAGCUUCACCGACUUCUUUCUUGUGGAGUUGAACAUUGACAGUUGCUGGGUAGGCUCCUUCUACUGCCCUCAGGCCAGUUUUACUGCCACUGUCUAUGAUGCUAUUGCUACCGAGAGCACUCUCUUCAUUCGGCAGAACCAGCUUGUCUACUAUUUUACGGGCACCUAUCUCACCCUCCACGAGAGCAACCGCGGCAGUGGGAGCUGGGUUCGUGUCCUGGCCAAUGAGUGCAUCAAGAGGCUGUGCCCUGUGCAUUUCCAUAGCAAUGGCUCAGAGUACAUCAUGGCCCUCACCACUGGCAAGCGGGAAGGCUAUGUCCAUUUUGGGACCAUCACAGAUGGUCAUGUGUCCUUCAAGUUGCUGCCCAAGCAGCGGUCUGUGUGCGAAGGGAUACAAGUUGCCAACUGCUCCAUAACCUGGGCCGUAUUCAUUGCUGGUGACUACAUAUUAAUGAUGCUGGUGGAGAUCCAAGACCCCACCACUGGGAAGUAUUUCCAGGUGGUCAGCUACGACUUGGUCAGUGAUAACCUGGUCAUCGUCUACACCAUCCCGGAAUUCAUCCCUGAUGCUCGAGGCCUGGAGUUUCUGAUGAUUCUAGGGACAGAGUCUUACACCAACUUCCCAAUGGUACCCAAGGGCAUGUUCCACAACCCGUAUAACAACCUGCUGUUCAUCUGGGGCAAUUUCCUCCUGCAGAGCUACAACAAUGAAAACUUCAUCUACCUGGCGGAUUUCCCCAAGGAGCAGUCCAUUAAGUACCUGGUCAACUCGUUCCACGGGGACAUGGCUAUUGUCACAGAGACGGAGGAGGUGGGCUACCCUGCUCCUCUCUCCAAACCCCAGGGGUCUCCCUUCUUCCCCUGUCACAGGCAGCUGGAGCCAACCUCUCAGUUCCAAUUCCAGCUCUACCCACUUCAGGGCAACUUGAUGGUGCCAGUGCUCAUCGGCUGCCCCCCAGGCAAGCGGCUGGCCUUCGACAUCACCUACACACUGGAGUACAACCGCCUGCAGAACAAACACUACUUCGACUGCGUGCACAUUGACCCCGAGAUGCCCUGCUUCCUCUUCCGUGAUAUCUUCUACCCUUUCUUCUUGAUCCAAGACUUGGUGACGGGAGAUUCAGGCAGUUUUCAGGGCAGCUACGUGCUCAAGGUGGUAGGCGGUGGGCCCACAAUGGACACCAUCAAGGAAUACAGCGAGGAGGAGAUUUACCGCUUCAACAGCCCCUUGGACAAGACUAACAGCCUCAUCUGGACCACCAAGAACACAACAACCACCAAGGACUCGGCCUUCAACAUCAUGACCCAUCAGAGUCUGGGCAUCGAGUGGCUGUGUCUGGAGAACUCCCCAUGCCAUGACACCAUUCCCCAUACCAUCUUCGCCCCCGAAUUCUUCUUCAAGGUGUUGGUGAGCAACAGAGGUGUGGACAAGAGCACAUACUGUGACCACCAGCUCAUCUUCCUGUUGCAUAUCCAUGGGCUCCCACUCAGUGCCAAGCGGGCCCUCUUAAUCCUCAUGGUGUCAUCCAGUGUGUUUAUCGGCCUGGUGAUCCUCUACAUCAUCUUCUGCCUCCUUUUGCCUGUUAUGGUGAAGGCCUGCAACAUCCUCCGCUGGAAGAUCAACAACAUCAUCACAUCAGAGUCAUACUACACCUACACGUCCUCUUCUAGAGUCUUUAGCGGGACAUCUGGGACCAAAUCCAAGGGCACGUCCAGCGUCAGCUCCAGCGUCAGUUCCAAAGUGGCAGAGGGGAACCAGGAGGCCCCUGAGGAAACCUCGAAGAAGCAGUCUAUUACCUGAGCCUCUUGCCUGCCCCAACCCCCACCAGUGUGCCCCCCUCACUUCCUGGGCCAUCUUGGAAAAGCAAUUAUCACUCGUCCCAGGCUUUUUUUGUUUUGUUUUCCUUCAAUUUUCACUGCUCCUUCAGACCUAAAUCCUCAUUUCAGGACCAGCUGUGGGCCCUUGUAAGGGCUCACGUUCAGUUAGUUUGUACCACACAGCCAUACAGGUCAUUAAAAUCAAAAUCCUUCUGUGCUAACUGGUAAA